AAAACUUUAUUUUUUUAUUACAGAUUUUUAUUUACAAGAUAUAUGCAUAGGUGAUUUUUCAGCAUUGACAGUUGCAAAUCCUUUUGUUCCAACUAAAACGUUAAUAAACUUCCACGUUCAGGAACCCUGCUCUGUCCUUUAGCUGUUUCGUUUUUCUUCCUUGUCUGUAUACACCUGGCUCGCUGUUGCAGCGAACUCCGACCCUGCCAGGAUGACAAUUUUCCUUCAAGGUUCCACUCCUGGACUCCGUACUCUCGUCCUCUUCCAGGAAGUCUGCCUUGAUCUCAAUCAGCUAAAACCGAUCCCUCCCUCCUGUUCCUCGAGCUCAAAGAACGAGUCUUACUUUUGCUCCACGCCCUGCUACCAGCGAGUUUAUCUCAGAUUUAAUCCUAUCUCUCAGAGCAGCAAGAAUUUAAUCUUUGAUUGUUCAGCUGGCUUUGUAAACUUUAAGUGAAAGUCAAAAGAAAGCCGAUCUUAGAGUCGGAAGACCUAGGCAAGUAAGUUCUCUUGGAGGCUUUUUCCUGCAUCUGCAAAGCGACACGUUCCGAUUCGUUGGCUUCUAAGGUCUCUUCCAGGUUUAAAUCGGGUCCUCUGACUAUUAGGACUGAAUGGGUUGAGAAACACAGGCCGGGCCUGGAUUGGGAGUCAGGAGACCCAGAUUCCGAGCACCUGUUCUACCAUUUACUGGCCUGUGACCUUGCAUGCCCUCUCUGGGCGAGGAGAGGUCGGACGCGUGGCCUCUAACCAUCCCCGAGCGUCCGAUCUCAGGUGGUCGGACUCCAACCCUUUCCUCAGCCGGGGCUCGGGCUCUUUCCCCGUGGGCAGCGUUCGGGAACACCCCCGCCCCGCCCCGAAUCCGACUCCAGGCUGCCCGGAAGAGCUGGAUCAGGAAGCAGCCGCAGGAAACCGCUAGGGAGGAUCCGUUCUCCCGGGAGGCAGAGUGGGAGUGGGAGGGGGCUCCCUGCCGCGAGCGCAGAGGAGGCGUGUCGAGAUUCCGGGGCUGCGCGCGCUCUCCCGGGGAGGCCCGAGCCGAGCCGGGCUGCGCGCGGAGGGGCGGGCCUGCUUCCUUCCCCUAGGAGCCGGAAGCCGGCUGCCAGCUGCGGGAACGCGCUCCGUUGGAGCGGAGCCGGCCGCUUCGCAGCGCCUCUGGGCUGGCGGCUGGAUGGGGGCUCGGAGCACGUGGGCCGCGGCGCCGCUGCUGCCGCUCGUCGCCCUCCUGCCGCCGACCUUCGCCUCCUGCCUCUUCUCGGUGGACGCCUCCACAGCCACGGGGCAGCUGAAGCCUUUCUGGAGGAGCACCGGCUUCUGCCCACCUUUGCCUCAUGAAAAGUCAGACCGAUAUGAUCUCAGCAAAGACCAACAGCUCAAUCUUGCCUAUAUUGCAUCUAUCCCUCAUGGGGGCAUCGAACAGGUCAGAACUCAUUGGUUACUGGACCUCAUCACAGCCAGUGUCAUUGAUGGAGACCUUCGUUACAACUUUACCAACCUGGAUAGAUUUUUGGAUCUUCUCCAGGAGAAUAAACUCAUUCCAGGAUUUGAAUUGAUGGGGAGCCCAUCCGGAUACUUUACUGACUUUGAAGAUAAGAAGCAGGUGUAUGAAUGGAAGAAUCUGGUCACCCUAUUGGCUAAGAGAUAUAUUGAGAAGUACGGCUUGCACCAUGUCUCCAGAUGGAAUUUUGAAACUUGGAAUGAGCCAGAUCAUCACGACUUUGACAAUGUGUCCAUGACGAUUCAAGGCUUCCUGAACUAUUAUGAUGCCUGCUCAGAAGGCCUGAGGGAAGCAAGCUCGAGGCUGAAGUUUGGAGGACCUGGUGACUCCUUCCAUCCGUUCCCUAAGUCCCCCAUUUGCUGGAACUUACUCAGCCACUGCUACAAUGGGACAAACUUCUUCACGGGUGAGAAAGGCGUGCGCCUGGAUUAUAUCUCCUUGCACCGGAAGGGUGGGGGCAGCUCUCUCUACAUCCUUGAGCAGGAAAAGGAAGUUGUCCAGCAGAUCCAGAGCCUUUUCCCCAAUUUCUCCCAUGUCCCCAUUUAUAACGAUGAGGCUGACCCUCUGGUGGGCUGGUCCCAGCCUCAGAUCUGGAGAGCGGAUGUGACCUAUGCAUCGAUGGUUGUGAAGGUCAUAGCCCAGCAUCAGACCUUGCUGUCCGAGCCCAACAAUACCCUGAACUAUACCCUGCUGAGCAAUGAUAAUGCCUUCCUGAGCUACCACCCACACCACUUUACUCAGAGGACACUGACUGCCCGCUUCCAGAUGAACAACACAGAGCCGCCCCAUGUGCACCUAGUCCGAAAGCCAGUGCUCACUGCCAUGGGGCUGCUGGCCCUGCUGGGUGGAACUCAGCUGUGGACAGAAGCUCGCUGUGAGGGGCUGCUGGUGGACAGCAAUCACACACUGGGAGUACUAGCCACCUCUCACUGGCCUGAGGAGCCAUCUUCACUAGACAGCUGGCAGGCCACAGUGCUGGUAUAUGCCAGUGAUGACAAUCAGACAUCUGCCAAUCUCAGCACUGUCACUAUACAGCUCAACAAUGUCCCACCAGCUACAGAUCUUGUCUACAUGACCUACUAUAUGGACAAUAAUCUCACCAACCCUUACCUGGAGUGGAAGAAACUUGGCUCACCUGUCUUCCCUACUAUAAAGCAAUUUCAGCAGAUGAGAGAGACUGAGGAUGCUGUAGCCACAGGCCCAUUUCCAUUUCCUGAAAAUGGCCAGCUGACCCUAAAGCAGGAGCUUUCGAUACCCUCAAUUCUUCUCCUUCAUGUGUGUUCAAAGCCACACCUGCCUCCAGACCAGGUGAAUGGUGUCCGAAUCUUGCCUCUCACGAGAGGGCAGAUCACUCUGAUCUGGGAUGAUGCCUGCGUGAAUUCCAAAUGUCUGAGGACAUAUGACGUUGAAUUCUCCCAACACGGACAUAUAUACAGAGGAAUCAAAAGGAAGGAGUCAACUUUUAACCUUUUUGUCUUUGCUCCAGAUAACGCCAACGUCACUGGCUUCUACCGGCUCCGUGCUGUGGAUUACUGGGGCCGUCCAGGCCCGUUCUCCACCCCUGUUUACUACAAAGAGGCAGCUGCAUGAGGUGGGCAGCGAUCCGUGAGACGACCCUCCGCUGGAGACCUGCGCAGGCUGGGAGUUCUGGGACUGAUGCUCCUGGGGCGGGUACUUGUGGUGCCAAGGACUCCAAGUGGACUUAAAGUCACAUGACCCAGGCUUUGAGCUUGGGCACAUCUUGGACCUCGGUUUCCUCAUCUGUAAAUUGGAACAAUUAUAUUUGUACUACUGA